CAGUGCUUUGUCUGUGUUUUAUAGGAACUUCGUUGGAACUCUUUGUUUCUUAAAGCUUCCAGUGAGGUAAUCACUCCCAUUGUAUUCCCUGUCAACAUGUAAUUAUCAUUUUCAUUUUGCUUUGUAUAUAAAUUUGCAGAGCUGUCGAGCACACAGCACUUCAGAUGUGUUGCAGUCAAAGGGUUUGCUUUAGCUGCAGAAUUCAGCACGUUCUAGGUGCGUACUGACUUACUGAGGACUGUAUAUCCGUGUGUAGACAGGAGAUGUUUAAGCAGUAUAUCAAAGAGGUUCUCCAUCAAGUGGACCCAGAAGCGAAUUUCAUCUACCAUGGAAGUUUAAUAAAGAAGGUGGAUCUCCUGACACUGGUCAAGAAGAAGAAGAACACAUUAUUUUCCACUGAUUAUGAGGUGAUGGAUGUUACAUUUGCUCAUCUUCUGCCAGAAUUUGCUUCAUUCUCUGAGUAUACAGAAGAAACAGUCAUCAAGGAUUACCAGUACAGUGGCCAGAACCUUGUGAAAGCUGACAUACAUGGAGGUGUUGGGAAGGACUCAGCAGGCGUCAAAGGAGAAGCACACAGUGAACAAAAAGUCUCAUCUGUCUCCAUUAAAGCGAAGAAAGCUGACAUUGUCAAGUUGAAGGAGAAAUACUGUGGCCAGAAGAUUAACACUGGCUACAUACCCAAACUGAAGAAGGGAGAGGUGCUGGCUUUUGUAGAUAAGAUCGUCUUCAACACAGCAGAUGUCACCUUAUCUGGAAAAACUGGAGUGGACGGCUCCUGUGAAGCAAGUUGGAAUGUGUUUGUGAAGUUCUUACUGGCAGGCAACAAGAAGACAGAGAGCUCUUUUACUGUCCCAGCAGGCCAGGUUUAUGCGUACAGCCUCAAAGAGAUCAAAUUUAAUGAUGAAGAGAUUGCUGCCAAAAAAAUAUUCCUGGGACCAGACGCAUUUGAAUCUGACAACUGUACUGCGGAGACACUUGAGGCAACCGAAGCAGCCCUGGCAUCUGAUACAUUUGAACCUGACAACUGUACUGAGAAAACCUUUGAGACCAUGCAACAAGUGCAAGAAGAGUUACUGAGGACAGACGCUGUUUUACAGCCGCUGGCUCAGCUUCCCCAGGAGACUCGCUUUGCUCUGUCCAAGAGCCUCAGUCAGCUCCCAGAAGACAGGGACGCUCUGGCUCUUCUAAAGAAAAAGCUGGAUCAGUGGCGUGAAGGUGAGCGGUCAAAGCAGCCACAGUCCUGGUCUGACUGUUCAGUGCUGCGUCUGCUCACCAAGUCUGAAAACACUGACGUUAUUCUGGAAGCUGUUGACAUGCUGGUCAGCGCGAUGGACAAACUACCAGAGAGUGUGCCUUCGCUCAUAGGCAACUGCCAUCCUGACACACUGAAAGGCCUGAACCAACUGGUGAGCAGCCUGAAGGAGCGUGGUCAGGCUCAUGUGCCUGAGUCUCUGCCUGCUCCUCUGCAGGAUGGAGGGGAGCUCCACUGGCUCACUGUGUUCCUCUGUUCCUCUGAAGAUUACCUGAGAGAGCAGUUUGAGCUGGGGAUGGUGGCAGGAAACAAACCAGGAGUGCUGCUGUUGGCCCUGUGUGUCACUGUGCAGGGACUCUCCGUGAUGCAGGACUAACCUGCUGCUUAGUCUUUAGGUGUCAUACAGAAAUCAUGAUUGGAAAAUAAAGAAUUUGGGGUAUUUCUCUGGGUUAAUGUGUGCUUUGUGUUCAGGACCACCGGGAGUCCAAGUAAUGCUCUCCUUACAUUGUCUUGUAUUCAUGAACUGUUUUGUAUUUUGAUCCUGUGCAUAAUCUCUUUCUGUACUUUUUUAUAUAUUUUGAUAAAUCUUUGAUUCUUACUCCUGUUGUUGGAGAGAGCAUUUUUUAUCCUGUUUUCUGUAGUUGAUUAAAGAUUUAGUGAUCUGGGUAUUUUUCUAGAUAGAUUUCUUUCAGUUAUCAUGGACUAUGUAUAUUAUAUUAUGUCUGUAUUCAGAUUUAUUAAAUUUUUUUCUAAUGAUCUUUGAAAUGUUAUUCAUUGGCUAUUUCUGAUAUGUUUGAUGAUGUGUGCACUUUUAAAAUUGAUUAGUGCUGAUCUGGUAUUUUGCCUUUUUUGAUGUUGCAUUGGCUAUCACUUAGUUAUCACUGUUUUACCAAUCCAAUGACCCGUCUUGAGGAGCGGAGGAAGAUCCUGGAUGGCUGCCGACCUUGUCUGAGUGGAGACAUGCAGAGUAUGAAAGUUAUGAAAUGACCGGCAGCUUGUCGUAUUAUAUUUUGAUUUUGUGCAGUGACUCUUUAUAAAGUUUUUAAAUGAC